UUCCUCUUCUUUUGGCGUUCGGCGGUUCAUCAGCAGAAGGAACAAACUAUUUUCUCCUUCAUCUUUGGUGUAGUUUUGCCGUGCUAUUUUGUCGUGGGUUUGCCUAGCUCUUGGGUAUUUUCUUCAUCAAAUAUUUAGAGAGGAAGUGGGAUUUUUCCUAACAGAAAGAUCUGGAAAACAUGUUUCCCGACAGGGAAUCCGUGUUCCACCUCCUGGCACGCUACCUGUUUCAUCCCACGAAUCCUGUCUGGGACCUCAUUACCAGAUUCCAUGAAGCUUACCUCACCGGAGCCGAUGAGAAGAUCGGACUUCAGGUCCGAGUGUUCGACCGUCCGGGCCCGUUCCAGCACGUGUUAGAUCAGAUACUAUCAUGUACGAUGAAGGAGAACAUACUCCCACAAAUAAAUCCAAAAGCUCCCCGCCGGCCCGCCCUAAACAGUAGCUGUGUUUGGGCCAGUACCAGAAAGAACAAGACAAAAGUUGUGUUGAUAACAUCCUUAAGUUCCUGGUAUGGCGACAAGAUUCGAGACAUGUAUUUGCAGAAUCCAACGUUAACCGGCGAGGUGGUCCGAGUUCACCAGCCCAGCCACGAAGAAAAGCAGAAAUAUGAGGAAACGUUGCACUACUCGAAGGCGUUGGCGGAGAUGUAUCUUCUGGGGAUGAGUGAUAGAUUGGUUACGAGUGGAUGUUCCACUUUUGGGUAUGUAGCUCAGGGGCUUGGAGGUUUGCAUUCAUGGCUUAUGUUCGCGCCGAAGAACCGGAAAGUUCCAGAUCCGCCGUGUCAGCGCGUCGCCUCCAUGGAUCCUUGCUAUCUUCUCCGACCGGCCGAUACCUCUAAGACGCCGCUUCUUAAUUACACAAGGUCCUGUGAAGAUAGAGAGUGGGGUCUUAAGCUCUUCCCGGCCGGUUAAUAACCAAACAAGAUUUCAACAUUAUAUUUUACUUCAAUUAUAUUCUCUAAUUUUCAUUUUUCAGUUUAUGCUUUUGAGUUAAAAAGAAUAUAAUUGCUAAAUGCUAAUAAAUACAUUUUCUGUAGUAAUACAACAUUCAUCUAAUCUGGAAAGAAUACCUUACCGCCA